AUGAAGAUCCAAACUGUUGCCGAAUCGACGCAUGCGCUGCAAGUAUUGGCCAUUGCUGCUCUCGUUUUCGCAGCAUACGUUUCCGUCCAGAGAAUCUAUUUCGAUUCCCACAUCGGAAGACUGCCUGCCUUCCACAAUGCAAUCAGUAGCGAGGCGCAUAGGAAGCAGUACCUGAAGUCGGCGAAGAAAUUGUACCGAGAGGGCUAUGAGAAGUUCAAAGACUCGGUGUGGAGGGUGACAUCCGCCGACGGAUUUCACCAAGUCGUCAUUAGUCCUAGCCUUUUACCUGAGCUGAGAAAGCUCCCCGAAUCGAUUCUCAGUAUUGAAAAAGCUGUUGAACAGUUUUUGGCCGUAAAGUAUACGAAGCUGCUUGUAAACGACCGUGACAUCACUGUUGUCAUCCAUUCAAUCAGGGCUGAUCUCACUCCGGCUCUUGCGCGCCUGAACGGUGUUGUUUAUACGGUGGUCGAGGAAACCUUGAAAGACGAAAUGCCAGCAGACUGCGAAGAUUGGACUCCAGUGAGGGUCAACCCGAAGCUGGUCAGUAUGGUGGCGAAGAUCACUGGUCGCAUUUUUGUCGGCCCGGAACUCUGUCGCAACGAAGAGUAUCUCGACGCCGCGAUCAACUACCCCGUGGAACUUGUCACAGCGGCGCAAGCAGUCAAGCGUACACGACCUUUUCUACGGCGAUGGCUCGCUCCUCGCCUACCAGAAGUGCGAAAGUUGGACGAAACUGAGAGGAAGGCUAAGCAGAUGUUAGAGCCUAUCAUUGAAGCCCGAUGCAACGCUCAAGCAAACGACCCGGAGUGGCAGCAGCCUGAUGAUAGUAAGUAA